AUGUGCGUAAUUUAUAGUUACCGAGUGCAGCAGCCGACUUUCUCCAGAUUUGACAGAGGUGUUAAUAUGGCAACUGGACCGUCGGUAGCGGUUGUUGGCGGAGGGAUAUCUGGACUGGUGUGCGCUGUACGACUGACACAACUCGGGAUACAGAAUGUCACUGUGUUUGACACAGGCAAGCAUGCAGCGGGAGGAAGAUGUUCCAGUCGCCAUGUCAACAUUGACGGAAGACUCCAUACGUUUGACCAUUCUACUCAAUAUUUCACCGUGUCUGACAAACGCUUCUGUAACGUUGUGUCCUUCCUUCACUCACAGGGGGCAGUUAAGGUGUGGCAAGGUCGUCUUGGUCAUUUAAAAGAUGGCAAUUUUUUUCCUAUGAAGUCCCUAACACAAGCAUUUGUAGGAGUUGACGGAAUGUCUUCCAUAUCUAGCUGUUUGUCUUCCCGUGUUAAUCUGAAACGUCCUGUUUGGAUAGGAAAAGUGAGCUGGGAGGACGUAUCCAGGAAGUGGAAAGUAGACAGAUGUGGGUAUUUUGAUUAUUUGGUAAUAGCGCACAAUGGAAAAUGCGCUGAUAGGUUAAUGUCAGAUGCAGGCGUUCCAAAAGUUCACCGUCUCCUUCAGGUUCGAUUUACACCUCGACUUGACAUUAAAGACAAACGCAUGCAACUUUCUUCUCUUUGGAUGUUAAUGGCGGCCUUUCCGAAGUCGUUGUGUUUGUCGUAUGAAGGAGCUCACGUAGAGGAUCCGGACAUAUCAUGGGUGGCAAAUAAUACAGCGAAACUUUCCCAAAAUAAAAUGUCCGUGAAUGGAAUUGAAUGUUGGACUGUCUUCAGUACCAAGGAGUUUGGAAGUGCACACAAAGUUCCACAAGAAAAUAUUCCACCAAGAAAGGAAAAACAAGUAACAGAUGAACUGCUUACUGCAUUUGCUAGAGUAACAGGACUUGGGUCAAAGUUACCUCCCCCUAGAUACACGAAGGUUCAGUUAUGGGGAGCAGCCGUUCCUCUCAAUACUCUCUACACAAAAGAGGAAUGUGUGUUUGAUGGCCAGCACAAUGUCGGGAUAUGUGGGGACUGGCUGGUCAGUCCUUGUAUACAAGGUGCUGCAGUUAGUGGACUUCGUCUUGCAGAAUUCAUCCAAAAUCAUUCUUCAGGUACUGAUAGGACUGGUACAAAUUUACAGCCAGAAUUUACAGCAGUAGAUGGUCCUGUAAUUGGCUCGUUCCCGACAGAUUCUUCCAUCAUAUUUAAACCAAAGGCGACUUAAAGGAGUCAAGUGGCGUUUCAUUAUGUUAUUGUGUUCAUUUUCGCGAAAGGGACUCUUCAGCUAUCUAUUUAACAUGAAAUGCAUCCUCAAUGGAGAACUUUUUUCAGAUUUCCUUAUAUACAGUUUUUGUGUUUAAAGUGUUUCGAUAUAUUUUCUGUGACCACACAAACGUUGAUGUCUCUCUGCUGAACGUAGUACUGGAUAUUUUACAUAUUGGAUAUUAUGUCAAGAAGAAAGUCUACGCCUUUCAAUCAUUACCUCAAUGUAGCAUUUCUGAUUAUUAUUUCCUAUCUUUUAAAAUACCGUUUAACAAGGUAUUGUUGAAGCUGUUUUCUUCAUCUCCGUCAAAAUAGUUUAUAUUUUAAGUCACCGACCAUGUGUUCUCUAUGCAUUGUUAUUACAGAUUAUUAU